CAAGUAUGUAAUUUGAAGUUCUCUAGCAGGUAUGGGCGCAAGAAGCGAAAGUUACCAAGGCGAAAGUUGUGGAGCAAAAAGUAAAAGAGUGAUUCAGGCACCCCGAUGAUCAAAUCAACACCAUCUUCAUCCGAGGUAGUUUCGACAAUGAGCUUGACUUGUUAUCACAUUGCAACCUGUUGUGUCGGACGUUUAUAGAUUUAUGUGUAGAGUAUAAAGUUUAUUCAUUGCACUCUACAAUCAAAAUGGUCUCCUCUGGUGGCAACAGUAGCUCCUCAUCCUCCCACAGCAGUGCCACAACAGCUCUGUUAGGGUUCGCGACUCUUGCGCUCGCGGCCGCUUCCGUCUCGUACUGGCAAGCCAGGAAACAGCGGCGAAGGAGACGAGCAAAGGGCGAGGACGAGGACGGGGAAAGAACCGAAGACGAGGAGAACUCCGAAUUCGCCCUUCUUCCGUCGUUGCGCAACCGCCGUUCGGUGUUCCCGAAAGAUUAUGUGCAAGGCGGAAAACCCGCGGAACCCCGCGUCGUUGAAUCCUUGCUCCAGGCGGCCAUGUGGGCGCCCUACCACGGUCCGGUUCCGCCCUGGCGUUUCGUCGUCUUGGGAAAGGACGCCAUGGUCGAGAUGCAGCGGCUCACGCUGGCGUUCUACGACCAAAAUUGGCGCGAGGCGGGGUUUCCGGGUGCGAACAAAGUUCCCGCCGGACAGGAGAGAACCGAGGCGGACUACGAGAAGUGGCGCGAAAUGACCGAGGGCGAGAUUUCCCGGCGCUGGGGGCCGGUGUCCUACAUGAUCGCCAUCGUCAUGCGGCGGCAAGCCAGUCCGAAGAAGCGCAUGCAGGAGUGGGAAGAGGCGGCCGCAACGGCCUGCGCAGUGCAGAACAUGCACGUGCAAGCGACCAAAUUUCCCAGUCUGGCCUGCUACUGGAGCUCGUGGCACGGCGCCGCGCGAGACAGCGCGGAGAUGGCCAAGUUUCUCGGCAUGGAGGACCCGGAAGACAAGUGCUUCGGCUUUUUCAUGGUCGCCUCCUGCCGCGAACAGUUGCCCGACCGCAGGCGGCGGAAGCCAGCAACGCACCUAGCCGCAGAGUGGCGAGUGUAG